GCUGCCUCGCUCCCCAUGGGCUUGUGGAGCAACGGCAGCCGCCACCGCCGCUUUGCGCUCUGAGGAGCCCCCACCGGGAGGAGAAGCGCCCACCGCCCCGGCAGGAAUGACUGUCCUGGGGAUUGCAGCAGCUGUGUUCUUAGGGGGCGGAUAUCUCCCAGGAUUUAAAAAUACACACAGCUAGAUGUGGCCUAGGAUUCCCAAUGGCACCCACUUUGCAAGAGAAAAGGAUGGCUCGCACAGUUUCUACUUUUGGAGUUCUGUUGCUUCUGCUUGGACUCCUGCUUUCUACAACAGAGGGGGGGAAGAGGAACCGUGGGUCGCAAGGGGCUAUCCCUCCUCCUGACAAAGACCAACCCAACGAUUCAGAACAGACACCAAAGAGGCCAGGUUCCAGACCUCGUGGCAGGGAUAGAGUCAAACCACCAUCUGCUGAUGAAGUGCUAGAAUCAAGCCAAGAGGCCUUGCAUGUCACAGAGCGAAGGUACCUGAAACGGGACUGGUGCAAAACACAACCACUUAAGCAAACCAUCCAUGAAGAAGGCUGUAAUAGCCAGACCAUCAUCAACAGGUUCUGUUAUGGCCAGUGCAAUUCCUUCUACAUCCCAAGGCAUGUUCGCAAAGAGGAAGGCUCUUUCCAGUCCUGUUCCUUUUGCAAACCAAAGAAAUUCACUACCAUGUCAGUUACACUGAACUGUCCAGAGCUUCAGCCCCCUAGCAAGAAGAAGAGGAUCACACGAGUUAAAGAAUGUCGCUGCAUCUCUAUAGACUUGGACUAAGAGGUGCCAUGUCACCUGCUUAAGAGCAAGUGCCUGUUAUAGUGCCAAGUGGGACACAAACCAAAGAGAACCACAGCAAACAAUGUGUGUUACCUGUGUGCAAUUAUGACCUUAUGCAGCCUAGGAAAGCAUGCUCUGGGAUGACUCAAACACUUAUGCCUGUAACCCUAUUCUUAGGUUCUGUAUCUCACUAAUUCAUCCAUAUGUUGAGAUUCUUGCACUUGUGGCUUCUGUCCCCAACCCCCCCCAAAUCUAUACCACUGAAUUGUCUGUUGUGAGUGGGGGCGCUAAAGCAUUAAGAAGAUGUUAAAGGAUGGAGUCAUAGACAAUUUAGAGACACUGCAGAUUCUGCUUAAUUACAUUAUCAUGAAAAAUGGUGCCAUUAGAAUUGCUACGGAGAAAGGCUGCUUGGAAAAUAUGCCUCAGAGUUAAAAGAAAGAAGAAUAUUAAAAACCAAUAUUCAAAAGAAGAAAAUGUGAGAGAGGAAAAGGACAUAUGGGAAUGAAGAGAAAAUUUAGACAAUAAAGGGGAAGCAAUAUGCAUCACUUUACUGAUGCUUUGUGAAUGUAUUUAAUAUACUUUUAAACAACCAUCUUGCUAUGUUCUGUGAAAGUAGUUGUAAUAAUGUCAUUUUAUCUUUAUUGUGGCCACAUCAUAUACCUGUAAUGCUUGUCUACAAUUCUGUUUAUGUGUACGUACCCUGUCUUACCAUACAUCAGCUCAAAGUAAUUCAGCAGUGAGGAAACUGAAACAUUUCAAACAAACAUUAUAAGACUUCAAACGCUCUAGCUUUGUGAAGGGAAAACAUUCACAAUUCACAAGCCGAAUGGUCAUGUGAGCAUUGCCACAGGCAUGUCAUUUGGAGGCAAAGAAAAAAGACAUGCAACUGCUGCAGCAUAAAUCCAUUUUAAAACAAUUUUAUUACUGUAGACUAGAACUGGUACAUUGAUAGUCAGAAAAGGGUCCACUCCUGCUCAAACCUGCCUGAAUAGUGUAGGACCUCUAUGUGGGGAUUAUGGUAAAUUCCCCUUGUUGAAAUUAAGCUGGUGGAGAUUCAAACCCUUGAAAAAAAGGGUGAGAAGAGGAUGACAUAUGCCCUGAAAUACAAUGCACGCUUAGCUGCUUUCCCCCUAAAGUUAAAGAGGUCCACUUGCUUCUCUGUCUUCCCUUGUUUCAUUCAGAAAAUGUAAUAUGCUUCAAGUAUGGAAUGGACUCUUUCAGGAUGGAUGGGCACCAAUUUCUUCCAGCUUAGCAAUGCAUUUUACUUGAGCCUUUCAUCCAAAAAGAGGUUAUUUAAAACUUGUUGGUUUUGUUUCAUAUAGAGGAUUCUCUUUGAUUAAAUUCUGUCAUAGCCUGGAGUUUAGGAUUCCCUGCCUGGCUCUCCCCUGCUCUUGAUUUUCAUUGGCCAAAGUAGUAAUCCCUCUUCAUGUGUUUUCUGGAGCUGGAAGCUACAACUAUAACACAAACUAUCUUACAUGGGGACACUCAAAUGACUUGUUUCUUUGUGGUCUUAUAUUUAAGUGUACUCUAUCUCCCUAGCAGUGCAUGUGUAUCCACAAUGGGAGAACAAGAGUAAGAUCUUUCGCUUGAUUCUACUCGUGUAAGGUGUAGAGAGACUCCUUUGGUUAGUGAGCCAACAGUUAGGUAACUGACACAACUGUGUGGAAAUGUGGACAGCCCAAGAUGGAUCCUACAGACAAUUCUCACGGGUGCAAUAAUUUUAAAAGGCAAUCCCUGAAUCAAUGGUAAACUCUUUCUGCACUGAGAUCCAUAUGGGGAAACUGAGGAAGAGUACAGGCAUGCUACUGUACAAUAAAAAAUACUUAUUUGUA